AUGUCUCCCCCGAUUUCCUCUCCCAAGCGAGCCUGGUGGAAAGAGUCCUCCGUGUACCAGAUCUACCCCGCCUCUUUCCUAGACUCCAACGGCGACGGCCUCGGCGAUAUCCCCGGUAUCACAUCCAAGCUGGACUAUAUCAAAGCUCUCGGCAUCGACAUUGUCUGGGUAUGCCCGAUUUAUAAAUCCCCGCAAGUGGAUAUGGGAUACGACAUUUCUGAUUACAGAGACAUCCACGCGCCGUAUGGGACGCUGGAGGAUGUGGAUGCACUCAUCAAGGGAUGUCAUGAGAGGGGCAUGAAACUUUUGAUGGAUUUGGUGGUUAAUCAUACGAGUAAUCAGCACAAAUGGUUUCAGGAGGCCAAAUCUUCGAAAGAUAGUCCAUAUCGGGACUUCUACAUGUGGAAGAAACCAAGAUAUGAUCCUGAAGGGAAGAGACAGCCACCCAAUAAUUGGGCAGCGGCAUGGGGAGGUAGUGCGUGGGAGUACGAUGAACCAUCUGACGAGUACUAUCUGCAUCUCUUUGCACCCGAGCAGCCAGAUCUGAACUGGGAGAAUCCUAAGGUCAGAGACGCAGUUCAUGAUAUCAUGAGAUUCUGGCUGGACAAGGGAGUUGAUGGGUUCAGAAUGGAUGUCAUCAACUUCAUCAGCAAAGUCCCCGAGCUUCCAGAUGCACCGAUUACAAAUCCAGAUAGCCCCUGGCAAUCUGGAAUUAAGUAUUUUGCUUGCGGCCCCCGCCUCCAUGAAUUUCUGCUCGCUCUGGGUACGAUUUUGAAAGAGUACGAUGCUUUUUCGGUUGGUGAAAUGCCUGGCGUGGAGGACCCAAAAGAUAUUUUGGAUGCAGUUGGGUUUGACCGCGGCCAACUGAACAUGAUUUUCCAGUUCGAGAUAGUCAACAUGGACCAAGGAGACCGUGGAAAGUUUUCCCCUCGAGAUUGGAAGAUGUCGGAGCUCAAAUACAUCGUCAAUAGAUGGCAAACUUUCAUGAUUGAAAACGACGGCUGGAAUGCCCUCUACCUCGAAAACCACGACCAAAGCCGCAGCGUCUCCCGCUGGGGCUCCGAUCACCCCUCCAACCGCGUCGUUUGCGCAAAGAUGUUCGCCACCUUCCUCGCGCUCCAGAGCGGCACCUUAUUCAUCUACCAGGGCCAAGAACUCGGCAUGACCAACCUCCCGCUCGACAGACCCAUAUCCGAGUACCGCGACCUCGAGACGUUGAACCCAUGGCGGGAAAUGAUGAGAGACCACCCAAACGACCCCGAGCUCCACCGCCUCUUGAAGCAGCAAAUCGCGCUCAAGUCCCGCGACAACGCUCGCACGCCCAUGCAGUGGUCAUCGGCUCCCCACGCGGGUUUCACCCUGCCGUCCAGCACGCCCUGGCAGCUCGAGAACCCGAGCUACGUCGACAUCAACGCCGAGUCGCAGCUGCACGUCCCGGGCUCCGUCUUCUCGUACUGGGCCUCGCUGCUCGCGCUCCGAAAGUCGCACCGGGACGUAUUCAUCUACGGUGACUUUGCGCUGCUGGGCGAGGGGGCAGGGGAGGGCCAUGAGGAUGUGUUUGCGUAUCUGAGGCGGUACGGGGACGAGAAGGUCGCGGUGGUGUGUAAUUUUAAGGAUGUGGUUGUGGAGUGGAAGAUGCCGGCCGGGAUGCGGAUGAAGGAGGGCGGCGUGCUGACGAGUACAUAUGGGGGUGUGAUGGAGGGGGAAGGGGGUGCGGUGUUAUUCUUGAGGCCAUUUGAGGCUGUAGCUAGUUUCGUCGAGCAGACUGGUUGA